CGAGGGACGGUGAUCGCAGGGAGAAAGGGAUACAGACGGAGGAAACGGGAGGAGAGGAUGCGACCGAGGGACGCGCCGAGGUGCCAAGCGCGCUCUCAUCCGAUGAAGGGCUGACAUUCGGCUGGAGCUAUGUGAUGUCACAGGAGUCCAAACCCAGGCAUAUUUUGCCAAAUUUGUUAUAAUUCUUAGCGACAUAAAUAACUGCUUAAUACCUCUAAGCUGUUUAUUACCAUAAACGGGCAAUGGCGUUGAAAAGAAUUCAGAAGGAAUUAACCGAUUUACAGAGAGACCCGCCAGCGCAGUGCUCUGCAGGCCCAGUCGGAGAUGACUUGUUCCACUGGCAGGCCACCAUCACAGGGCCGAAUGACAGUGCCUACCAGGGCGGGGUCUUCUUCCUGACCAUCCACUUCCCCACGGACUACCCCUUCAAACCACCCAAGAUGCUGCAUUCUGCCUCUAGGUGGCGUUCACCACAAAGAUCUACCACCCCAACAUCAAUAGCAAUGGCAGCAUUUGCCUGGAUAUCCUCAGGUCCCAGUGGUCACCCGCACUCACAGUGUCUAAAGUCCUGCUGUCCAUCUCCUCCCUUCUGUGUGACCCGAACCCGGACGACCCCCUGGUGCCGGAGAUCGCCCACACCUACAAGGCGGACAGGGAGAAGUACAACAGACUGGCGCGGGAAUGGACUCAGAAAUACGCCAUGUGAGCUCACCAUGGAGACGCGAGACCUGAGUGAAAACGCAGAUGGAACGUUUGCUUUUAAACACAGGCGCUGGCAGAGGGAGCUGGAGAGAGGGGGCUGACCCCCCCACAGGAGAGC